CUCGGGGAAUUCAUUCAGCGCGAGCGUCACGAUAGAUGGCUAGCAGCUAGUUGCGAGUUUACAUCGGUUUACAUCUGAUUUAACGUAUUAGAUCAUAAAAUGAACCCUAGUCUCAUGAUUGCUUGCAGAUUUUCCUAUAUGAUUUUUCUGUAGUGAGGGAAUAAAUGAGCUUGAUGGAUCCACAUUUCAGUGGCUCCCAUAUCUGUAGAGAACAUUCUCUCUGAACAUCCAAACUAUUAUGAUUUGAGUUCAAGUUUGAUUCAGACAAGAAACUAAGAGUUCAACCAGAACCUGAAGUUUAACAGCAGCAGAAGAAAGAAUGAAGAGGUCGAGAGAACAGCUUGAUAUAAAGGUCUUUAAACACAAAGCUGGCCUGCUAAAAUUCAUUAAAGAGGAGAGUGAAGACAUGAGUGUUACAGACACCAGCACAAUGAGAAAUGAAGACGUGGCAGAACAAAGAGAACUAAUGGAACCGGAAGAAACAACGGUAUCAGUAUGUCCUCAUUGUGGAAAGAGAUUGGGAAGUAAAGAGCAGCUUGUGAAGCACAUAAGAAUUCACACUGAAGAAAAGCCAUUCACCUGCCCUCAGUGUGGGAAGAGUUUCACAAACAAAAGUCAUCUCAAGACCCACAUGAAAAUUCACACUGGACACCGGCCACACGCAUGCGUUCAAUGUGGAAAGAGUUUCAUAAGAAACGGUCAUCUAGAGGAACACAUGAGAAUUCACACUGGAGAAAAACCAUGUGCAUGUGUUCAAUGUGGAAAGAGUUUCACAAGAAAAAGUGUUCUCAAGCAACACAUGAGAAUUCACACUGGUGAGCGGCCAUACACAUGUGUGGAGUGUGGGAAGAGUUUCACAUGCAAAAGAAAUCUAGAGGACCACAUCAGAACUCACACUGGAGAAAAGCCAUUCACAUGUGUUCAGUGUGGAAAGUGUUUCGCAUGCAAAAGUAAUCUAGAGGACCACAUGAGAAUUCACACUGGAGAAAAACUGUAUGUAUGUUUUCAGUGUGGAAAGAGCUUCACACAAAAAACUACUCUGAACAACCACAUGAAAAUUCACACUAGAGAGCGCCCACACGCAUGUGUUCAGUGUGGAAAGAGUUUCACACAAAACAGAAAUCUAGAAGUCCACAUGAAAAUUCACACUGGAGAGCGGCUGCACACCUGUACGCAGUGUGAAAAGAAAUUCACAAGAAAAAGUCGUCUUGAAUCCCACAUGAGAACUCACACUGGAGAGCGCACAAAACCCGGAAAUUACGCCUAUGAUGGCUUCGUUCACACUGUCAUUGUUUGAGAUUGUCUUUACAGAUGUGAUGUGAGUCUUUACAAAUACUGUCUGUGUUAUGUUCCUGUGUCACUCCUGAAAACCAUAGUUUUUGAAAAGAAUUGAAAUGUUAUGUUUGUGUGCCGUCCAUUUUUUCCCCGUCUUAUCUUUUGACAGAGAUGGUAUCACCAUUGGUCAGCAAUAUUUGUUAUGUUUACUGUAUUUUUUAUGUUUAGAGAGUAAGAGCGUGUGUGUUCUAGACUAGGGUCUAUAGACUCACUAGGAAAUUUAAUGUGCCACUCAUUGGUUGUCUUGGCAGUAUGUUUUGGGUCUUUGUCAUGUUAAAGGGACAUCCUCGACCCAUCUUCAGUGAUCUAGGUAAGGGGAGGAGUUCGUCAUGGAUUUUAUGGUAUAUUGGCCCAUCCCUCAGCCCCUCAAUGUGGUGAAGUCAUCCUGUGCCUGUAACAGAGAAAAAGGCCCAAAGCGUAAUGUUUCCCACGCUGUGCUUCUCUGUAGGGAUGGUGUUCUUUGGGUCAUGGUCGGCAUCACCCUCCUUCCAAAAACAGCACUUUUUCCAAACCUUUUCUAAAUCAUCUUAAUUUUUAUUGUGAAGAUAUGUGAAUAUGUGUCUAGGCUAAAACUAGACUAAAUUUGGGCUUUAAGUGAAAAAUUCAAAUCUAACCAUAGACAUCUAACCAUAGACAUCAAACCCAAGAAUAGUCGUCAUCAAUUACAGCUAAUAAACAACUAUAUGUCAUCUUAUAGAAAAUUAAACAA